AGAGCUGAGCCUGUAGCCCGGCGCCAUCUUUGACGCUGGCAGUAUUGGAUUUCUGCUGGUGUUGCUCCUGUGAAGACGGCGGACCGCAGCGACUAAGAAAGAAGAAAGACGUGGCAGCAAGCGGGAGUCGGGGAUAGUGUCGUCGGUUCGGUAAAGUUUCUGUUCUCUGAUUUGGGGAUAUUCCCUGCCCAAAAAUUUCCUGGAAAAUUGACUAGUAUUAAGUGUGAAGAAAUCUUGAAGACCAGAAAUUGGAUCUUAUUGAAUUUUGAUGUUCUUUUUAAUUUUUUCUUUUUCUUUUUUUCUUUUUAAAUUCUAUUGUUCGGCUAUGGAAGAUGGAUUUUUAAAAAAAAAUAAUCCUUUGACUCUCAAGUUCAUCUUUAAAUGAACUCUUUUUUUGUUUAUUUUUGUUUUUGUUUUUGUUUUUGAGGAGAUAACUAGCCCUAGCUGUCUCCAGUCUGACAAAGGUUAUUCGAAUGGACUUAAUCUCCCAGUAGUUGGGAAAUGUUUUAAAAACACGUCCUGUGUUUGAAUUGUGGCUGAGAGGUUUCCUUGGCAAUGUGAGGAGGAAAAUUCUUUCUGCCUCAUUAUUAUUAAUUCAUGGAUUGAGUGUUGGUUCGACCUACAGGCGUGAUAGAUUGGAACUCAGUGAAGACAGACGUUCCAGUUGAGAGCAACCAGCUAAUGAUUACAUUUUAAAGACGAUUUCUGUGAUUGAGUUGUCUUUUGGAAGAUUAACCCGUUUCAAGAGGACUUGAAGCUGGUCCUCGCCUUGUGGAAGCAGUGGCUUGUUUUCAAGAAGCCACCUCUGAUCUAAGGACCUAACCAGCAUGCCCAAUCAAGGAGAAGACUGCUAUUUUUUUUUCUAUUCUACAUGCACCAAAGGUGACAGCUGUCCAUUCCGUCACUGUGAAGCUGCACUAGGAAAUGAAACUGUUUGCACAUUAUGGCAAGAAGGGCGCUGUUUUCGACAGGUGUGCAGGUUUCGGCACAUGGAGAUUGAUAAAAAACGCAGUGAGAUUCCUUGUUAUUGGGAAAAUCAACCAAUGGGAUGUCAAAAACUAAACUGUGCUUUCCAUCACAACAGAGGACGUUAUGUUGAUGGUCUUUUCCUACCUCCAAGCAAAACUGUGUUGCCCAUUGUGCCUGAGUCACCAGAAGAGGAAGUGAAGGCUUGCCAGCUCACAGUUCAACAGAACAAAUUGUCUGUCCAGUCUAAUCCCUCCCCUCAGCUGCGAAGUGUGAUGAAAGUAGAAAGUUCAGAAAAUGUUCCUAGUCCCACACAUCCACCAGUUGUAAUCAAUGCUGCAGAUGAUGAUGAAGAUGAUGAUGAUCAGUUUUCUGAGGAAGGUGAUGAAACCAAAACACCUACCCUGCAAUCAACUCCUGAAAUUCAUAAUGGAUUACGAGUGGCUUCUGCCCGGAAACCUGGGGUCAAUUUAAAACAAGGUGAAUGUUUGAAUUUUGGAAUAAAAACUCUUGAGGAAAUUAAGUCAAAGAAAAUGAAGGAAAAAUCCAAGAAGCAAGGUGAAGGUUCUUCAGGAGUUUCCAGUCUUUUACUCCAACCUCAGCCCAUUCCAGGUCUCGAAAAAGAGAAUGUCCGGACUGUGGUGAGGACAGUAACUCUUUCCAACAAACAAGGAGAAGAACCCAUGGUAAGAUUGAGUCUCACUGAGAGACUGGGGAAACGAAAAUUUUCAGUAGGUGGCGACAGUGAUCCUCCAUUAAAGCGUAGCCUUGCACAGAGGCUAGGGAAGAAAGUUGACGCUCCAGAAACUGACCAAACACCAAAGAAAGCUCAAGUUUCCAAGUCUCUGAGGGAACGAUUAGGCAUAUCAGCUGGUCCAAACAAUGAGGAGGCAGCAGAGAGAAUUGCUAAAGUUGGUGAGAUCCAUGUAAAGACAUUGGAAGAAAUUCUUCUUGAAAGAGCCAGUCAGAAACGUGGAGAACUGCAAACUAAACUCAAAACAGAAGGACCUUCAAAAGUUGAUGAUUCUACUUCAGGAACAAGAAGCUCCUCCAGUAUUCGAAUCAAAACCUUCUCUGAGGUCCUGGCUGAGAAGAAACAUCGGCAGCAGGAAGCAGAGAGACAAAAAAGCACAAAGGAUGUAACGAGUAUCAAGUUAAAGACUGAUAAUGAAAUUAAAAAAACAGUGGUUUUACCAUCCCUAGUUGCCAGCAAAGGACAGUCAGAGGAACCUGCAAGUAGAACAAAGUCUGUGCAGGAGGUGCGUAUCAAGACACUGGAGGAAAUUAAACUGGAGAAGGCACUGAGGGUACAGCAGACUCCCGAGAGCAGCACCAGCUCCCAGUCUCAGCCUGAGGCCACCUCGGGGGCAAGGCGACUUCUCCGUAUCACCAAAAAAUCAGGUAUAAAAGAAGAAAAGAAACUUCAAGAAGGAAGUGAAGUUGCUUCUCGGAGUAGUGUUACUAGAACAGAGGCUAAAGAGGCUUCAGAUGAGACAACAGGAGUUGGCAUCACUAAAAUUCAAGUCAAGAGAUGUGAGACCGUGAGAGAAAAGCACAUACAGAAACAGACAGAGAGGGGAACCUCACAGAAGGAAAAAUCAGUUUUGACACCUGUUUGGGGAGAUGUAGACUCUUGCAAUACCCACAUAGCAGAGAAGCCAAGCAUUACACGGUUCCUGACAAAGCGGCUUCCCACAAAAGCAUCUCAGAAGGCAGAGGUAGAAACCUCAGGGAUUGGGGAUUCAAUAUUGAAUGUGAAAUGUACAGCACAGACCUUGGAAAAAAGGGGGAAAGCUAAACCCAAAGUGAAUGUGAAGCCAUCUGUGGUUAAAGUUGUCUCCUCCCCCAAAUUGGCCCCCAAACGCAAGGCACUGGAGGUCCACCCUGCUGUCGUUGCAGCUGUGAAGCCACUUAGCUCCAACAGUGUCCUGCAGGAAAGCCCAGCUAGAAAAGCAGCUGUGGCUGUUGUCCCACUCCUUUCUGAGGACAAAUCAGUCACUGUGCCUGAGACAGAGAAACCUAGAGACAGUCUUGUGCUGCCUCCAACCCAGUCUUCUUCAGAUCCCUCCCCACCAGAAGUAUCUGGCCCUUCCUCAUCCCAAAUGGCCACAAAAACUCGCCGACUCAGCUCUGCCUCAACAGGAAAGCCCCCGCUGUCGGUGGAGGAUGACUUUGAGAAACUAAUAUGGGAGAUUUCAGGAGGCAAAUUAGAAGCUGAGAUCGACCUGGAUCCUGGGAAGGAUGAAGAUGACCUUCUGCUUGAGCUGUCAGAAAUGAUUGAUAGCUGAAGGUGGUAGUGGAACAUUUGGCGGGGGGGGAAACUUGCCAAAACCUGGACUUAGUUUCAUCUAUUAUAACAUUUACCCAAGAUGUUCAUUUCUUUAGUCUAGAAUUUGCUCCAAAUCAGAAGUAUACCUCUGAAUUAUCUGUAUGUGUCCUGGAUUCCUUGGGGUCAGAUUUUUAAAGUCCCUUUAAUAACCAUUUCGUCCAUUUGAUGCCAUUAUUUAGCAUCUUCAAGAAAAAGUUCUGUCUUAGCCCUCUCUCCACAAAAAAACAGAGAUCCAAGUGAAGGGUGCAAGAGAACUUAGUGACUGACUCCUUGAGGUGUUUGUCAGUUUUGGCGUUUUUUCCCCUUUGUUGUAUUAUUUCUUUUAUGUAUUGUCUUAAUGUGCUUAAUGUUACCCGAGUUUAAAAAAGAUGAAGACAGCUGCCACCGUUAAGGACCAAAUUCCACACUUCCACUAAACAACAACAAGUCUACUCAGUCUGUGUUCAAUUGUAUGUCUUUUUAAAAGUAUUUGGAGAUUAAACUAAGCUUUAGAGAGAGCUGAGCAGCUCAGGAAGCCUGUAAUCUGGACAUAACUUUUUAGACCUGAUUUUCAUGUUUCUGCUGCUGUGUAAGCCUCUGAAGAGCAAUAGCUAAUUUAUUAUUACUGUAAUUUUUUAAGGCUUUAAAGUGCCUCAGGGGUCCUCUGAAACUAAUUUUCUAUUUCUGGGAUUCCCUGGAUUCUUAAUAAGAGAUGGUGACAUAAUGAUUAAGGAAUUCUUUUUUUUUUUUUGGUAUGAAAGUUGUCCCGUCUCUUAUUUAGUACUUGCCUCCUACUAGCAUUGAAUUAUUACAGGGAUAAAAAUUGGAUUAAUUUUCUAUUUCUGACUCUCCCAGCAAACUCCUCUUGCCCAGUAUUUGUUUGGUGUUCUUUAACCACCUGAGGGGGAAAAAAUGCAUUCAUUCAAGCUGCCAAUAUUUAUCUAUGGACUAGCGGUACAAUGAAUUGUACUGUGGAAGGGAUUAUUUGAGAUGUUCUGGGGGUGUAUUGUAUACCUUCCAGUUUUCGUCAUUUCUGAAUUGAAUUUUCUUUUCUUGAUGUUGGUCUCCUUCAUAUCACCUCAAGGUUUAGACUGAAGGAACAAGUAUGUUGGGGAUAAUAGUCUUGAAAGGAGACAUUGUACAUAAUCAAAAGGAAGACGAAAGAAGGACUGUCCGUUUUUAUAUUUUGCUGUAGGUGGCCAGUUGUUUCUCACAGGGAAAUCUGACCCACCUGUCAUGUUGGCUCCUAAGGAACUGCUGUUGUAAGCGGCUCAUCCAGAGUUGAACGUCAUGUCGCCUUGUUGGGAAUAUGAAAAAGGAAAAAAGCCACAGGACUGCCCAUUUGGUCUUGGGAAGAUUUCAUGAUUGUGCACGAGCAAAAAUGACUUGAAAUUUAUGUAUAGACACCUCUCUACCAAUCCAUCUACAGCUGACUGAAUGUUGUAUAAUAGCCCUUCUCCAAAGCAGGGGUGGAAUGUUCUGGUUUCACCACAGAUUUUUGACUCAUUUCAUUUUUGGAAUCAGCUUAUAGAUUCCAGGUCUUGUUUGUAUAUAACCUUAUUCUUUUGCUUUUUAAAAAAUAAUUUUGUUUUCAUAUUUAAAGCGGUUGUAUUCGUCAGUGAUUCAUGCUCAGCAUUAUUUGAACCAUUUGCCAUUACACAAAGAGAAAUACUUAUUUGUGUUUUAAAUAAAACUGGUGUAGGAAAGUCUU